UAACUCUUUUCAACAAAUUACGUGAAUUUCGUGACAAGGAUAACGAUGAUAAGCGCAAAUUUACAGCAGAGGGUUAGUUAGAGUGCCCACGAAGCUGGAUUCCAGAGCCCUACUGGAACCCCACUGUAGAACCGUAUUGAAAAAGAAGGAGAAGAAAUACCGGCGAAAUCGUGUGUUUUUUAAAGUAAAUUUCAAGUAGAAAUUCUGCAAAUUUUAAACUUAAAAGCCGUAAAUUAGCAAUCGCAGGAUGGCAACGGCAUCCUCCGGCCUCCAGUAUGAUGCGGCCAUCGGCGGUACGGUCGAGCUGCCGAGCGAAAUCGAUAUGGUACGGUUCGCGGAAGAGCGCCGUGAUGAGGUGUGCCUGAUGAUCCGCAAAAUGGCCAGCAACGAGCACCAGCGGAAACUGAUGCACCAAUCCCUCCCGCUGCACAUGCGACGCCGUGCCAUGUCGUACAAUCCGAAGCGAUUGCCCCGCAAGUUCCGCGCCGUACACGUGGCCCAGUUCAGCAAGAGUGGCGUCUCGGAAAAGAAGAAACGACCGUCACGCCGGUUCCGCCGUAAACCGCACAAUCUGCUCAAGGAGUACGAACGACGGAAGCGAGCGUUCGUGUGGCUCGAAACACACGUUUGGCAUGCCCGCCGGUUCCACAUGGUAUCUCGCUGGGGCUACAAAAUACCACAAACGCCCUGCAACAAGGGCUACCGGGCAGCCUAUCGGGCCACCUCAAAACACGCCCUGCUGCACGAUCUAUCCUAUGAGGGCUGCGUAGAGGUACGCGGUCCCGAGAGCACCUUACACGAUGGCUUCCGGCGAAUGUGCAGCGAACGGGUGGGACUUACGAUGGCAGCGAAAGCGUACGGAGCGGGGACACGCGCCGGGUACGUUUGGCUGUUCGAGGACGGCCAGUACCCGUACGGUUGUCUCGGUAGAGUACGGUUCGUGUGGCGUGCCACCGAUGAGCAACAGCACCGCACAGUCUGGAUCUUUGCUCAUCCUAGCUUUUACCGGAGGCUAGUCGAGCAGCUUGUGACCAUCUUUGGACUGAAGAACGCCCUUCGUGAAACAGCGAAUACGCUUGAAGACAUAACUCGCAAUCCGCCAGAUAUACGAUGUCCACGGUACAGCAAUGGAGUGGUGGAAGUGAUUGAACUCAAGAAUACCCUCAAUCGGUUCCAUCUGACGGGCCCACUGGCACAGGCCACUCUUGCCAAAGCGUUAAAAUUGUAUCAGGCGCCGGAACAGACGGCAUCAUCACCGCAACACUGGUUCACGGAUUACCCGACACCAAAGUCGCUCCGAAAAAUCCUCAAGCAUCAGGCAGCCUACUGGGAUGCCGUCAAGGAUCUCACCUCACCGGGUGAGCUGUCUCCCGGUGAGGUGAUCGGUCUAGUGAUCGAAGAUCCCCGUCUAAAUCGACCUCAGCGACGCACGAAAGCGUUGCCUUCGCGGAAUCAAGCACGGUACGCUGCGCUGGCCAACGAUGAUGGUCUACUCGCGCCCACCACCAGCACAUGCUUCUCACCGCUAUGGGACGAAACAAUUCGGAACCGAAUCACAGAGGAGGGAAAAUCUACGCACGAACUAAACGUCAUUCGAAGCCGUGAAGCACUCGUUCCGGGGGAACGGUGCGCCUCCGAAGCGUACCUACAACCGGUACCAAUUCUUCUCCUGCAGACACCGGGCUCCCAGGAUGCGGCCUAUAAACGGCUUGGCUAUGGAUCGGGCUGGGAUGUGAUCGUGCCCGCCGGUUACGGCCUACCGCUCUGGCACUCACUGACACGCUGGGGUGCGAAAGCGGCCGGUCAGAAAGAGCUAGAAAUGAUUGCCAUCGAGUCGGGUUGCGAUCGGUCCGGUGUGCCCGAUACGGUUCUUGGGUGUACCGAAUCCGCUACCUCAUAUCAGGAUGCAGUGGCCCGAUACUUUCGUCGGCCAAACAACCGGCGAGUGAACUAUACAAAGCUGGCCAUCGCUUCACCAUUCCGGUGCCCCUGGCAGCAACUCGUACAGGAGUGGAAUCGAAGCAAGGAUACGAUGGCGAGUGACCACCAAAACGAUCGGUUCUUCGUGCUACGCGAUCGAGAUGCUUUGGCCAAACUGCGGUUAGCGCUCGAGCGUAAGUUCAAUCUUCGUUCAAUCAAUCUGCCAUCGGAUGCCCUGGUACCCCUGCUACUGACCAUGAAAACCCGUGGCAAUCCGGGAGAAAAUGCUCUCAUCUGUCUACCGAAACGUGAGGACUUUCGUGCCAACCGAGUGGCCCGUUUGGGCGAUGAACACGGUCCAGUGUACACGGAACCACUACGAAAGGAUCCACACGAACAGGAGCGCAAAGUGUUACGAGCGGGCCACCUACGAAUGUUGAAACGCUUGCGACGGCAACGGGUUCGCGAGAAGAAACGGCGUCAGCGAGCUAACCCCGGUCGGUUGGUGAAAAUUGCGGCCGCUAACAAUGCCGUACGUGUGCGGGAACAGCUGGACCGAAUGGCCGAACUGUGGCUACCGGGUAAACCGGCCAACGGGAUACGGAACCAGUGUAGCCGCGAGUGCUUCGGUUAUGUGACGCAAUGUUGUUUCACGCUGACCGAGGGUAAUGUUACCGGCAUUGGAUACGUGACUGUGAAGGGGCUCGAGAAACUCUUCAAGGUGUGUAACAAAGGCACGUUCAAGGUGCUGCUCCGGGGUACCAAGUCCAGGGGCUAUCGGUUCGCCACCAUCCGGCUGGGUGGUGAAGCUUGAUCAAUCGAUCCCGGUGGGGAGGUGGUGCGGUUCCUUACUCCGCGCAAUAUGUACAGAAUUACUGUUCGAAA